UUCUUCUAUUAAUUUCUACACAUAACCACCUUUCAAAAUAGCAAUGAAGAGUCCUCUACUACAACUGUCUUUGCUUUUCUUUGCCUUCAUCGAAAAACAAUAUUUAUCAGCCACAACUACUCCGGUUCUCGAUUUCACCGGCAAAAAGGUCCUCUCCGGCACUGAAUACUACAUUCUGUCAACAUUCCAGGACUCAAAGAACUGCGUUGGUCUCAAUCUCUCCGAUGGCACAACCAAAACCUGCCCAAUGAAUGUUAUCCAGGAAAACCUGGAAUUUCAAAAGGGGGUUGCAUUAACAUUUUUGCACGUAGUCGAUCAAGAAGAUGGUGUCGUUUACGAAUCCCUUGAUCUGAACAUCAAGUUUUCAUCCGUGAAAAUCGCCUGUGGUCAGCCGACAGCGUGGAGAGUUGGAGACUUUGAGAACUCUACUGGACAGUGGUUUAUAACAGCUGAUGGAGUUGAAGGUGACCCCGGAGCUCGAACUUUGGAAAGCUGGUUCAGGUUUGAGAAGAAUUCUGAGAAUACGUACAAGAUAAGACAUUGUCCUUCAGUGUGCCGCUCUUGCGUAACCUUGUGUAGCGAUGUUGGCGUUUAUUCGGGUGAUGGCUUGAAACGUCUGGCUCUCAGUCAGACUCCAAUGGCAAUUACGUUUAUCAAAGGGAAGUAGAAAUUGUACAAGCUGCUUGGACUAUCUCUUGGAAUAAAUAAUUCGUUGAGAUUUUAAAUUGUUGGGAAUAAAAUCCUGCCAGAGUAUGUUUUAUUUUA